UCCGUCAGCAGAGAACCAAGAUGGCGGCCUCCAUGCUGAGCGGGGUGUGUGUGACCCUUCGGGGCCCCGCGGUCCUCGCUGUGGCCCCGAUCAGGGUACAGUGGUACAGUGCGGGUCUGACAGUCUCAGGAGCGGCUGCUGUUCACAGAAAACGGCCUGGACAGAGAGGCGGCCAAAGGAAGGAGGUCCCACCUCCGCGCACAGAGAAGAUGCUUACAGAUCAAGAAUGGAGUAAUGUCUAUCCGACAGCCGCCUCCUUCAAGCCGUCAGCGGUCCCGCUCCCCGUGCGUAUGGGAUACCCCAAGAAGAAAGCAGCGCCCCCAGAUAAGAUUGGGAACCUGGAACUGCUGAAGAUUUCCAACUUCCUGCACUUAACGCCAGCAGCCAUCAAGAAGCACUGUGCUGUGCUGAAAGAAUUCUGCACGCCGUGGCCGGCAUCGCUCACCAGUGAUGAUUCCUGCACCCAGCAUUUUCCUAUUGAUCUCCAGUCGGUGGAUUAUGUGUUUGCCGGACCGUCCCUUCGCACCCCAAAGGCCAGAGCUGUAACUUUGCAGAUUAAACUUUCCAGUCUGAACCUAGAUAAUCACUCCAGGAAGAAGCUUAUAAAACUUGUAGGAUCACGGUACAACGCUGGGGAUGACAUUCUCACCAUCCGCACCGACAGGUGUCCGGUCAGAAAACAGAAUCAGGACUACGCCUUGUAUCUGCUGACUGUCCUGUACCACGAGUCUUGGAAAACUGAAGCAUGGGAAAGUGAAAAGGAGGAGAGCGACAUGGAUGAAUACAUUUGGGAGGGCAGCAAAUCCCAGCAGAACGUCCUGAACACGCUCACCAGGUCACUUGGGAACUCCGAAGAUAUCCUUCAGGCGCCCAACGUGCAGGAAUACCGCAGAGCGAUGCUGAACCUGCGUAACCAGGGAGAGACUGAAGAAAGCAUCCGCUGCUACAAGCAGAGUGUCAAGAAUCUGCUGGGAGUGGUGUGACCACAUCACAGGACCGAUCCCCCAAUAUGGACUCCCGUAUCUUCUCUGAAUGGACUGAAACAGAAUAAAGAUCAGAUUUCUUUAUGUAGACUCGGGGAGGUCUGUUACCUUCUGAAGACGGGGCUUAUUCACAAAUCGGUCACCGGCUACAAAAAUUGAAAUUGUUUUUUUUUACAUCCUGGGAGUUGUAGUUUCCAAUGGCUGCAGAGCCACAGGUUGGAGAAUCCAGUUGUAGGCAACAAUGAUUUUUAGCCCAAAAUGAGUAAAAAAAUAAAUAAUUUUGUACAUA